GUAUGGCAUGUAGCCGUCACCUGGUCUGCUGUCAGAUCACUUGAGAAGGAAUCUGACUCACUUCAUUACUGGCUGUCGACGGAGCCAUGGAAAAGGAGAAGGACCAGACAGAAACCUCCUGGGAGGACUGUUCACUACCUGAUGAAUAUCCUGAACCACAAAUGGAGGACGGAGCUGUGCUGAAUGGAGAGGCAGAUGAGGGUGCUUCUGCUACCAGAGAGGAAACCAUAACUGAUCAGUCCGUGAAAUGCAGCCCUAACCUGCUGCAGAUUCUGAAGGCAGCUGAGAGCAGGUGGACACCUCGGGGUCGAGACAGCAACGCUUCAGAGGCUGAAACAGGAGAGCUGGUGACUGAAGCUCUGAAGACUGGCAUGCAAAUACAGUUCACUGACCAGAAGCAAGAAUUCAACAAACGUCCCACCAAGGCUGUUCGUCGCACUCUGUCUCGUUCCAUCUCACAGUCGUCCACAGAUAGCUACAGUUCUGUGUGCAGUGACAGCUCAGAGGAUGAGUCUUCUCCCAGAGACAAGCUUCAGAAGACGUCCAACGGCCUGUCUGACUUCUGUGUCAAGAACAUCACACAGGCUGAGUUUGGACGCAGAGAAAUAGAAAUAGCGCAGCAAGAAAUGCCAGCACUGAUGUUCCUUAGGAAAAGAGCCGGUGGGGAGAAACCUCUGGCUGGAGCUAAAGUGGUGGGCUGCACACACAUCACUGCACAGACAGCGGUGUUGAUUGAGACCCUUUCUGUGUUGGGGGCUCAGUGUCGCUGGGCAGCCUGUAACAUCUUCUCCACUCAGAACGCGGUGGCUGCUGCUCUGGCUGAAGGAGGCACCUCAGUGUUUGCGUGGAGAGGAGAAUCAGAGCACGACUUCUGGUGGUGCAUUGACCGAUGCAUCGGUGCUGAGACCUGGCAGCCCAACAUGAUUUUGGACGACGGAGGAGACCUGACCCACUGGAUCUGUAAGAAGUACCCGAGCCUGUUCAAGAAGCUGAAAGGCAUCGUGGAGGAAAGCGUCACAGGCAUCUAUCGGUUGUACCAGCUGUCAAAAGCAGGCAGGCUGUGCGUCCCAGCCAUGAACGUUAACGACUCUGUGACCAAGCAGAAAUUUGACAACCUUUACUGCUGCAAGGAGUCCAUACUGGACGGGUUGAAGCAAACCACUCAAGUCAUGUUUGGAGGAAAACAGGUGGUGGUGUGCGGAUAUGGUGAGGUUGGCAAAGGUUGCUGCGCCGCCAUGAAAGCGUUGGGUGCUGUCAUAUACGUCACAGAAGUGGAUCCCAUUUGUGCACUUCAGGCUUGUAUGGAUGGCUUCAGAGUGAUUAAACUCAGUGAAGUGGUCAGACAGGUGGACAUGGUCAUCACCUGCACAGGCAAUAAAAACGUGGUGGGGAGGGAACAUCUGGACAGAAUGAAGAAUGGCUGCAUAGUCUGCAACAUGGGACAUGCCAGCACUGAGAUAGACAUGGCGAGUCUUCGCACUACAGAGCUGAGGUGGGAGCGUGUGAGGCCUCAUGUGGACCAUAUAAUCUGGCCUGAAGGCAAGAGAAUUGUCCUACUGGCUGAGGGCCGUUUGCUGAAUCUGAGCUGCUCCACAGUGCCUUCAUUUGUUCUCUCCAUCACAGCUACAACUCAGGCAUUGGCCCUCAUAGAGAUGUACAGCGCUCCAGAGGGACGAUACAAACAGGAUGUCUACCUGCUGCCAAAGAAGAUGGAUGAGUUUGUGGCCAGCCUUCACCUGCCGACAUUUGAUGCUCACCUCACAGAGCUGACUGAUGAACAGGUCAAGUACCUGGGCAUCAGCAAACAUGGGCCCUUCAAACCCAACUACUACAGGUAUUAACCCUCUGGACAUAAAGCUGAGAGACAGAAGCUCUUCAGAUGUGCUGUUGUGGAUGUUAUUUUGGAAAAACCCUCACAGUCCUGUAGAUAGACGGCUGACGCCCUCUACAGUCUGAAUCUUUGUCAAUAUUGUGGAGAGAUAGUGGAUGAGGACUCCAAAAUUUAUUUACUCUCCUUGAAAUAAUAACCAUUCCAUUUAUUAAUUGGAGUCAGUAACAUAUAUUUAACAGACCACAUGUAGACUAUAAGUUGACAUCUCAAGUGAUCAACUGUCUUGUCUUUGACAUUUGUACAUUUAAAAUAGUUUAAUGUCUCAUGUCCUAUUACCCUGAUUUAAAUCUAUUAUUAUUACUUUUAACUAAACUUAAUUUGAACCUUAAAUGAAGCCUCUGACCACGUACCAACACUCUAUUAAACAUUUGAAAAGAUAUACUUGACAAUCAGCUCAUUGCUAGUUGAUGUACAAAUCCUAGAUGGUGAACUGGUGUUGGGACAGUGUUGUUGGUGUUUGAAAUCUGAUGCAUUGUUGAGUCAAUGAUGGACCGUCAACAUGAAGGAAUGACAAAAGUGAACAUUUUCAUUGACUUAAUGCUCUAAAAGCUCAUUGUUGUAAUUAAGCACAAAUCAAAUAUAAUAAAAAGAACGACUUAUCCCUC